GCCGCUCCCAUAGUACAUGUGAUGCAUGUGUGGGGUAGUGUGUGACUUAAAUGGUUAGAUCGUUGACGGUUUUGUGUGAGUUCGUUGUUAACGUAUAACGGUGUAAAGGCUACAAAAGGCCGUAUAUCGUAGCACUAAGCCCGACUACAAACCCAGUAGCGUCAACCUAAGAAGUGAUUCGAGUACUGCGGGCUGCACCCAUCUUUUUCAGCUGCAAUUUUUGCCUGAUUAAUUAAGUUACAAGGGAAGCUACCACCACAGUUUCGUACUGACCACACUCGAAAUUGGAUAUUCCCGUCGUGUUCGAGAUGAGAUAAAAUCACUCAAGAACCAGAUCUAUUCCUUUCUUAUUUCCUAUUCUGGUUACCGCCUAAAAAAUGGAAAAAGAAGCACCGGCUAUAUUCACCGAAUCAGUGUAUUCUUUAUGCUACUUCACUUGCAUUUCAAAGGGCGAAGGGCAAUCGUAAAUCGUAUUGCAAUGUGCUGCAAUAUCAAUAGUAAAACACUCUGACUGUCACCAAUAGGGUAAUAUAUAGUAGCUACGAUGGCCCGUUCUAGUCAUCAAGAUUCUUUUAAUGAGGAUCGAACCAGAAUACCCUUAACGGUACGCAAAAUUCAUGAUCGAAGGCCUGAAAGCCGCUAGUUCAUAAAAAGGUACAAAUGAAAAUGCAAGCAACGCUAGUCGGGCUUGUUACACUAGAUUGGAUGAAGACUACUAUGUGACAACCAGAUAUGAACUACAAAGAGUUGGGUGUAGCAUACAGCUUAUGCUUUUGAGGUCUUUAUUCCAUGACUGAAUCGAUAUUUUUUAGAAGUGAUAAUCCACGCCGUACGAAUGGAAGACUUUUUUAACAGCGUAAACUGUCGUCUUGUGGUGUUGUUCCUAUACUGACUGAGUGAUCGUCAUGGUGUGUUAUGUGCCAAUUAAUACCACUGAUAAUGAAAGUUGCAGCCGAAACUAAAAGCAUCUGAAAAAUAACACUUUCGUUGCCUACGGCGGUUUGUUGCAGUCAGAUCGGCAAUUUAUCAGUGUUGCGAAAGAUAGCGCAAUGGGUGGAAGCGUUGGCAAAGGUAUUGCAGACUCACUUCCGACGCAGUCAUCCCUUCAUGUCGUCAUGCUUGGACUAGAUUCAGCCGGCAAGACUACAGUGCUCUAUCGACUCAAAUUUGACCAGUAUUUGUCUACAGUCCCAACAAUUGGUUUUAAUUGUGAGAAAAUUAAAGCCACGUCUGGUAAAGCCAAGGGAACGUCGUUUCUUAUAUGGGACGUCGGCGGACAGGAUAAGCUUCGACCUCUGUGGAAAUCAUAUACACGAUGCACAGAUGGUAUCGUAUUUGUCCUCGAUUCGGUCGACUGUGAGCGUAUGGAGGAAGCUAAGAUCGAAUUAACGCGUAUAUCGCGAGAAAACCCUUCUGUACCAGUGCUCGUUUUAGCAAACAAACAAGAUCUGCCAGGAGCGAGAGACCCAGCCGACAUAGAGAAAGCCUUAAGUUUGUCCGAACUUAAUGCUCUCUAUCAUGUGCAGCCAGCAUGUGCUAUCAUAGGCGACGGCCUUGAUGACGGUCUCGAGCACUUGUACGAGAUGAUUCUCAAGAGGAAAAAAUUGGCCAAGCAACAAAAAAAGGCACAAAAAAGUAGAUGAGGCAAUCUGGCGGACGCUCAAGCGGGACCUUCGUCUGCGCCCGCCAGCUUCGUUAGAACUCCGGAAUAUGUUUCAAAUAGCAGGCCCUUGGAAACUGCAAAAUUUGGUGCUGGUAAUACCCGAAACUGGAUUGUCUCAACCCAGUCUGGAGACGACAGCAGUUCUAGGUCCCGAAGUCUCGACGUCUUUGCUCCCUGCACUCCCUCCCAUAAAAGUAGCACUACCAAUAGUGAUCACAGUGAGGAUGCGAUGGGCACCCAGACCAAGUCCUUCCGGAAAUAUCCUAAUCAGAGUAGAGAAAUAUUAAGUAAAACGCAAAUUUGUCAUUCAACGUUACCUGUUCCACAAGCAGAAAUUAAAAUAGUGCAAGAAAACGUGAUGCAGGAUACACGAAGUAGAAAUAGUAUAGUGCUGCGAAAACGCCGCCAGCAGCAUUAUUCGUCUCUGCUUUGAUUGAUUGACGAAUGGAAUGGAAUUCGUUGAUGAGCGUUUUGCCACUCUCGUCCUGCUGUGUGGGCAUUCGAUGUAUAUAUGAAUUGCCCAUAUAUUUCGCUCCACUACGCUGUACCUGUGAUAAUUCUUUUGACCGUUUUAUAUAAUAUAAUACUCGGCCCCCAAUCAAAUUAAAUUGUGAAUGUGUAUCCGUUAGUGUAUCAUAGCUCAAAGUGUAGUGCUUGCAGAUUAAGUGCCCCUUGUAGUUCUGUUAUGCUACGCUAGUUUCCUCGUCGUUCCCAUUAGUCAGUAGCUACACCAACUAUUGCGACGUAGAUACCCAACUAUAUAACAUUCACCUCAAGUAAACGUACAGUCCUCGAUCUGUUCGAUAGGCGUCAUGAGGCACCAGUAGCCCAAGGCAAUAUCCAGACCGCCGACAAGGAGCAAGGGGCGAAUAACCGGCCAAAGAAGUGAAACAAGACUAUCCGGCUGAAGAUACGAACGAAGCAGUAGACUAUGAAUGCGAACGAAUGGACAACAGCAAUAGCAGAACGGUCGGUUUUUCUUGUUGUGACAGGCAAGCGAACACUGGAGGGCUUGCGCCAGCAGCCGACCCGACUGGUUUUGUCGAGUUCUUCCUUUCCUAGGCAACAGUCGAAUAGAAAGACGGUUGCUUGCCGACCCAGCGAUAGCUUCGCGUCGACCGACCAGGCGACCGAUGUUGAAGCUCAUGAUGAUACCGCUGGUGCCAGAGUCCGAACGGCUGUUGCAGAGAAGUUGCUAUAGAGAAGUCGGCCAGCCAGGAGCAAGCGGCUCCGGACGUUGAAAAGCUGUUGCGCAGACCACCUAACAAACAGCAAACGCAGUACAACGAAACAUGUCAUUCACUCGCGGGCUAUGCGCAAUGUGUGUCACGUCGUCGUUGACGCUGGCGGUUACUGCUACAAGAGCAGUCCGUAGCAAGCGCCAAAUUGUCAAGCAACACUUAACUGCCUUGGCGUAAUGCUUUCGUUACGGUGGGUCACCGCUAGCAUCGGGCAAAUGUCAGACCUUUCACCAUCGCCAAAGUGUGGCUUCCUUGUUGUCUGGUGUCGCUGAGACAGCCGUAAGCUCGACUCUUUUUAGAAAUAUAACGUCGAUGAAGUUGUUUUGUACAAAACGACGAUUUUUGCGAUUGUACGGGUCCGUGGUGUACGACCUACUGACAGUACAGUUUGUGCGUUAUAUAACUCAGUAUACCUAUGGUACUGCCACUCUGCUCUACUUGCUAAUGAAGAUAAAAAAAAAAACGGCUGUCUUAUGUUAUAUAGAAAUUAUAAAUUUUAUGCUCGCUCGAUGCAGGGAUUCCACAAGCUCCAACUGCAUUGCGUGCUUUUAAUAGACAUAAAUAAUAGAAGCAAUAUUUUGUAAAUUAUUAGCUCGCCACAGUCGAAAGGUACCGAAGACGGUUUUAUAUUUGCUUUAGCAAGAAAAGGCAUUCGAAACAGUAGCUAUAAUAGAGCUUGCUUUACUGAUUUUCUAUACAACAGUAAUGCGAUAUAAUGCAGAGCUGCAGCUGCAAUAUGUCACUACUUUUGGGAAUGUUUUCGAAAAGAGAUGAUCUGUUGUAUCACUGUCACAAAUGGUGUAACCGCAAAAUACGGGGAUGUAUCACUUUCAAAACAAAUGCACCAGUUACUGAAAAGUUUAUUUUAUUAAUGGUAAUAAAUGUCUUUUGCGGCCGUAAGUAACUUUAAGACUGUAGUUCCAGAUCUUUAUUUCCAAAAACUGAAGGGGCAGUACAAAGGGUAAAUUGCGCCAAGCGUCGCCAUCCUUGCCAAUAAAUUCUGCUUUAUUUGAUUUCAUUAGCCGCACGACCCAAGUUGCUAGCAUCGUACAAAUAUUCGGAGACAUUCUUCAAAAUUCAUUUAUGUUUAUCUAUAAAUUUUAGAAGUCGGUGUAAAGGUCUCCCACGUCGUCCCAAAUUAACAGUCCUAAAGAAGUCAUAAAAAUUUUCCUUUUCGAGCUCUCAUGAACGCAAGUUAUGUGUGAAGUGUAUCCAAGCGUCGUAAAAACUUCACUUUUCAAAUGUGAUCAGCUUUUUUGUAACAAUGUAGGUCUAACUACGUGAGAAAUUGACAGCCAUCAACAAAAACCUUGAACGAUAGCUUUGCAACGCUGUUCUAACAAUCUAAGUAUACCACUGGCUCAAGUAAGGGUUUAUUGUAGUUUAGCACUGCGUACCAGUAGUAAAACAGCUCCAAAGUAAAAACGCAAUGUUAUUGCUUCUAAAGAUUACGCAAUAUUAAUUGAAUCGGAAAAUUACUGUAAUUACGCUUGUUCAACUUGCCCUAUAUGUUAAAAUUUAUUAAAAACACAUUAGAAUUAAUAUGUAAUCAAGAUCCAUCAAACAAAGCUUAUGAAGAAAACCUGUAGACUUAGUACGCCGUUAGAAACAAAGCAUUUAAAACUAGCAAGGGACAAAGAAAUAAUGCAACUCAAUGCUGACUUUCAGUCAGUUUCUUUAAUAGAAAAAGAACUUGUACGAUGAAAUGUGGCUGUGAAUAAUAACGUCUUGGCGAAUAGCUGAGCAAUAUUGUCCAGUACGUAUAUAUUACCUUAGCGUCAUCUAGUCGUUCGUACGGGCUCUAACAAAGUCUGAGAAACGUACCUCAAGGAUUAACGGCCUUGGCAAGUUAAUGCUGACUCAAAACAGAUAAUGGUUCAGUAAUAACCACCCAUUCGCAAUGCUUGAUGUUGCCUCUUUGUACAGCAGUCUAUUAGAGUGUAAUACUCGUGGCAGUGUGAAAUGCUCCCCAACUACUUCAUAUGUAAGCAAUAUCAAAACACACAGGGAGGCAUUGCAGAAUAUUGCUUACACUUUGAGAAUGAUUAACUUAAAUUAAAAGGAACAGAUGUUUAAGCUUUUAGAAUGAAAAGCUUUCUGGUGAAUUUUCCAGCCAACUUUUUCACUCUUGUACGCAAAAAAGUCUUGCAGCUUACACCAAGUCUUGACAGUACGCUACAACAACAAGGUUGCCUAUGUGGAUAUUAUCAUUUCCGUAAAGUAGUCGUUCGGAGGAGAAGUAGGAAAGUGCCACAACAACAAUGACAUAGCCAUACUCGGGGUGGGAGGCAAAAAUAGCUUACCUGUUAAAGCAGAGGUUGAAAAUAAAUACGUAGAUGGUCAUUCAUAUACAAAAGUAUAUAGAGAUAACGAUUAAUAUUAUUUGUUAGUUAUUCUACAAACAAUGGCUUCAGAGUAAUAAAUGCGUAAAUGUUCAUACACCGUUCGUGUAAGAUAAAAAUAGUUCCUUAGUAUAAUUAACGUAUCUACCAAAUGCGAGAGAUACACGCUUUGAUAGAUGAAUAACACGCUACGGUAUCUGGUUUAAACAAAUAUAUACUUUUUCAAUUCUCUUCCUCCGUCCUAGUGCAAUGGUUGAUGAAAUACGCAAGAUGUUCUGUAAUAAAUAUUUUUGCUUAGCUGUAUGUGUUAACUUCUAUACUACAAAAGAUUAAAACGUCAACUAUGAUUGCUACAUACAAAAGCUUAAACUGUAUUCAAUAAAAUUAAAACAUAUUUAGGCAAACUAACGGGUCAAUAAUGGAACUUAGUGCCAUUGGUGGACCAUAUUUGAAUAUUUACGUGGCUGUGCGUGUUAUGAGGCCAUCAUUGUAGAAUAAUAAAUACAUUUUAAUAAUCGUUACCUGCUUAUAUUUUUUUGUGUGUGAACAACCAGUUUCCUUACUGUCUGUGCUACAACCGAAAGUCUAUUGCUUACUUUAGACCUUUCUGUUUCAAAACCAUAAGCCUACUUUUAUCCUCCUUUCUUCUGUUUAAAUACUGUGCAGUUCGGGCAGGCGGUGAUUAUUUAUAGCACUCUUUAUUAAUAAUAAAUCAUAUUACAGAUAAUUGUAUAUCUUUGUCUGCCUGAGAGUGCCAAUAUUAACAAUAUUUUUCAUAGAUAAUGUAGUAAUAAUGAUAAUAAUAAUGUAAUAUUAAGAGGUUGUUGCUCGUAAUUGUAUUGAUUGAAUACCAAUGGAGGCUUUGAGAGAUGAUGUAUUAUUCGAUAAGAAAAUCCUAUUCUGUAUGUAAGAAAAUUCAAAUUUUUUCAGCCAUGUAUAUCAUCCCUUGAGAGGUCAAGAACAACACUGACGUCUUAUAAUACUAUAUUACUGUAAUAUAGAAUGUAUAGCUAUCAUGUAAGACUCUUUACUGGCUCGAAUUUGGCAUCUUCUACUUGCACUAAAAUAGAAAGGCUGCUAAGAAAGAAAUAGUAAAAAGGUUAAUAACUAAGCAUGUGUCGGAAGUCAGAUUUGAUCAAUAUAAAGAAUACAGUGUAACUUAAAAAAACAAGUGGCCCAUUCGAAGAAAUUGAGAAUGUCAUUGGAAAUGAUCUCACAAUAGGUUACUAUAAAUGAAAGAAAAUCUUUAGAAUAAGCAAAUUAGUAAUAAAUUUAUCAUACAUAAUAAAGUAACAGCAAUUUAAAGACGACAUAUUGAAAUGAGUUUUUACUCAGGUAUGCGCGUUUAUCAAAAAUGCCAUAUUUUUAUCAAUCUUACAAUUCGCGCACCGUUAUUUAGAAACUUUUCUAAAAACAACGUAAUCAACAUUAAAAGUUUUCUGAUUCAAUACCUGUGAGUAAGAUGUGCAGCAUGACCGAAAGAAAAUAACAUUCUCGUGUGUCUGUUAAUUUCAUAGACAGAAAAUUUUAAAUUGUUGUAAAAUCGUUGAGUAUUCAUAUAGGAUUCUAUACAACAAAAAUGAAAUACAUAUUCUUAGAUCAUUAAUAAAGAUUGCCCAUUUAUUGUAUUUCGCCAUCUCACAUCAUCUCUUUUGCUGAUAGCCGGCAAAAUAUUCAUGGAGGUAACAGAGAAAACUCUAAGCCAUCAUCGUUUGUCUUUUCUUUUAGUGUCUGUGGAUCUUAAUGUAAUGCUUGACUUCGCAUUUACCUUUCGGACCAAGCUUGCACAACACGGGGUGCCAACAAGAAUGUUAAACCUGUCAAAAGAUAUCCUGCGGAGUGACGUGGUUAUUCGGGGCAAUAAUGUCACAAAGUGAGGGAGUAUCCAACAGACGACACGACUGGCUCAAAGGAACACCUAUACGUUGAAAAUCUCGAAAUGUAUAACAGGAGCGGAUUUCACCUGCAACACUCGCUUGCAUCCCUCAGUAACAUCGUUGGAAAACAUUCGCUGGUGCUAACCCAAAUCGCACGUUCAUGUGAGUCCAGAACGGAAGAGGGAAGGACUUGUAGCUGUCGUAUACGGCCGCCUGGUGUACCACAGGGGUAUUACCAACAAUACAGUAAUUGUAUCUACAAGUUUUACUACACUACCUAAAUACCUAUGCCCUUCAAAAGCCAACCUUCGAUUGAUGUAUCUCCUGUUAUUCCAGACCUAUAAAUUACCAGAGCACCCACAGCCUAAAUUUCUAAUGUUCACUUAUGAGUGUCCGUAAGCUCGCGCAUACUUAACUCCAUCUUAUAUUAGCAGUAGCUACAAAGACUGCUCCUAGAGCUUUCUAUACACCACGGUUCCUUAAGCUCAUAAAUGACCUACAAAAUUAAAUACAUUGGCCUAAUUAUAAAAGAAUUGAAGCUCUGGUAUAACAGCAGAGCCGAGCACUAAAGUGUUUACCCCGCCUCUUCACCGCUACCACAUAAACCAUGCGCUUAUGUUUUUAAAACUCUGGCAGUUUUGCCUUUACCUUCCUAUGCAGAAUACUUAUUUUAUGUCUGCAUUGCUAAAAUUCUGCAUGAUGGAUAUUUUAUUGCCAGUAACCUUUACCAAGUGGAAUUCUUUGAUGAGCCUAAUUCUUUUUCUAUGAUGUUUAGGAUACAUAUACAGUAUUAAGUCUUCUCAUAGGUUCGCGUCGAAUCGGUUUACAUUUUGGCGCCACUAACAACAUUGGAUGAUAGAAAUAAGCGAUUAUUUACUAUAGUUGUAAGGUUGUCUGCCAGCUUUCACAAACUCAAUAGGUGUAUUUAAAAUCGAGUUUGUAGUUUUAUUUGGAAUAGGCUAAGUAUGAGCUGGACGCAUACGUAGACUCAAUACCAUAGCUGGUUACGCUGUCAGAAAGUGGUUUCUUUGGUGUAGAAGCGGUACGUUUGGCAUCGAAGACUACGCAUACACAGGUCGACCUUCUGACUAUGAAGACGUUGAAAUUUUCACAAUACUCGGUUAUAACCCACGUAUGACAAACUACAGCAAAUACAGGAGCAUCCAAACCAUAACCGAACGCUUUCUAAAACUCAAGGAGGACAAUUCUUUCUUUUCAGAAAUAGUAACAAGGUAGUGAAAAGUGGAUAAUUAGCAACAUCACUAGGGCGGAAUAUGGUCAAAGGGCGGUAGUGCCCUUUAAACGAGAGCUGAAGCUAGACCCUAUUGAAAAAAAUAAUAUUGUACAUUUAGUGGCGUUAUAAAGAAGUGCUCUUCUAUAAGUUUCUCUCAACCAAAUAAACCGUUACCGGCCGUAUAGUCCACUCUCGAUUUUAAAUCCUGUUUGCAGUUCAUGAAGAAUCUGUGAGCGGCAUAGAAAAAGAAUCGAAAACCACCGAUCUGUUGUGCUUUACGGUGCCCAUUAUCUAAGAUGAAUGUCUUAUAAGUAGACAAUAGGUCAUCAUAUAGGAAAUCAUCGGUUGUUUUCUAAAAUAUGCUUGACUAUUGCCCCUUUCGGCGAAAUCUUUAUUCUGUGCUCGGACGGCUCCCCACAACUACGACUCAUUGACCCGUCAAACAAUCGAAUCUACCUUACACAUUUGCAAGUUUACCACCAAUAUGCGGCUUACUGCGUCUGACGUCGCUUAAUCUGAUUUUCUUGAAAUUAGUGAGGCCAAAAUUUCACUGCAUGAAGAUAUAGUCGUUUAAUAUGGUUUAAUCGCAGACUGCAUUGACCUCAUACGUUUAUCUUAUUUGAAAAUCUUAUGAAGUCCUCUGCCAAGAAGUGUAUUAAUUCCUAAUAAUAUAAUGGUCUAAUUUUAUUCUAAUAAUAUAACGCGGCAUGCGUCACGAGAUUCCCAGGACACUCACCUAAUGUCGCGCAUUCAAUCACGUCACGCACGAUUCCAUUUUACAACAAAGUUUCUCGAUGGUCUUGAGCUAUCUAAUCUUCGAUUCGUCGAUAGGACCACGGUAGUCGUCCACAAUUUAUACCCUAACCGAAUAGCCACAACAAUUGCCAGAAGCUCAUUCCUAGACCAAGUCGUGCUGCUGCCAGGGGUUACAUAAUUAGUCCCCGAAGAUGCGAACAUCUCUCUACAGUUAUAUCUCGCCAUGAGUACUCACAAAGCCCAAUUUUAAAUGCUCGUCGACGUUCCCGCUCAAUAGAUUCACCUUCAACUAUGGUUAGGUUAGGUAGCUGUGAAGCACGUCUAGGGCCCCGACCAUGCGAAAGUAUUCUAACUGAUGAUCGCGAAACUCAAAAUAUUGACUUGCUCCAUGCACACCUUAUGCCACACAGACGUGCUAAUUCACCCACUGGCAACCAAGUUCGGCGUUGCCCAGCAUCACACAUGCCAUCUCGACGAAGGCGCCUUCUUUGUGGUAUCGUCGAUUUUAUUGUAGAUAUGAAUAAAGUUAUGACCUGCUGAGCUCAGACGUAUCCGGCGUUUUGCACAGAGGGUGUAAAAACUGCAAGUAGUUAUGAGUCCCGCUUUAAGUUGGAUAGCAUUUGUGCUACAAAUUAACUACGCAUCUAUACUAAAUCUUUAGUUUCCGUUCAUCUGUACUUUACAACGGGUUCACAUUUAUUGACUAACCGAAAGACAACACAGGCAUGGAGCGAAACUCGUUGGCUAUUUUAAUACACUAUGUUUAUAUUACUAAAGCUCUGCGUCUAUCUGUUUAUCUGCUUGUACAACUCACAUCAAUCUUAUAGAGUCCUCAGAUUGGGCUAAUUUUGGUAGGUCGCUAAAAUUCUAUUAGGUAUUCUAAGAGGUGGAAGGAUUAUUUCAAAGAUCAUUGGCCCAACAAUCGUUGGGAAAGCUCCAAAAGGUUGUACUGAAAAGCUGCUUGUUAUCUCAAGUUCUACAAAAUGGGCCCAGCGUUAAAUUUAAGAGAAAAUUUAUAGUUUUCACGUUUUACACGCGGUUUGAUUUAGCAUAUGAAUUGAAAUAGGAAAAAAGGAUAAAUGUAAUCGGGUAUUAAGAUUAUAAGACUCUUCCAACUGGAGAGCAGGAAGAACGUUAGAAGAGCAUGGAGUCUGGGUUAGUUAAAGUCUCAGACUGGCGCCGCGUGUACGGCUUGUAUUUAUUUUUCGUGUUUUACGUACUUGAACCUUUAGGUAAUAUUUCAGGUGCCUGGCGUCUAACACGAAGCUAAGUGUGUUUACGCUUGGUUUUGAGUCUAAACCACCACGUGAGUUUAGCAGGCAAACACAUUACUCACUACGCUAUCACGGGCAUAACUACGUACCUGGCUGGAGGAUCCCACCUGGACCUUUAUAAAAGCAUUUCAUCUAGAAAAAAGCAAUAGUUUACAAACGUUAAGGAUUAGGUGCUACACGAAUCGAAUAUUAGAACAGACCGAUAAAAUAACUGUACUCUGGAAGAGAACUGUUAGAGUAUUUCCAUAAGGGAAAGGAGUUACUGCAAGGAGUUAAAUGUCGCUAAUGGAUGGACUGAAUUAGGAAGAAAGGAUUAUUGUAAUAGGACAGUUGCCACAAGUUAGCGGAAUUAGUAUCACAGAAUCUUAAAUUAAUUCUAACAGGAUAAAUGCAGAGGUGUUCGCCUGAAAUCGGACUAUAGUUUACUUUUAACUACGUGUAACGCGAAUAAAAUCUUUCUUUCGUUGGUGGUGUUUGUCGGACUCUGGGGUCCGUUUAUGAGAUCGUUUUUUGAGUUGUCUAUUCGGUAUCUCUUUUGCGUUGAUCUAGGCUGCAAAUAUUGCGCUGAUCUAGGCUACUUUAUGUGCAAAAAAAGAAUAAAUUGAUACAUGAGCUGGGACAUUUUUUAUUAGAAACUGAGCGUAUAUUUUAAAUGUAUAGUGGCGUCUGCUGUUAUGCAGGUCCAAUGGCGAUAGCCGUUUGGCUUCGAUACUAAGAGCAAAAAUAUACAGUAUGUAUUAAAAAUAAAAAAAAUAUGAUAAUAAUAAUUAUUAUCAGGAAGGCAACUGUAUAAUGCAAUGUUACGCGCCAAAUACAACGCCAGUGCUGUCGAAGAUCUUAUAUUUUAAAAGAAUUACCACCUAAGCACAUUGUCUCUUUCCACGGCUUGUGGCGAAAUAGAUGUUGCAAUUUACUAGAAUUACAAAGAUUCGCCUUAAAUGUGUAGUCUUUCUUUUAUAUCUGAGAGGUCUGCGGCCAAAUUACGAAUUUGAUAUAAAAGACCCAAUUUUGGUUUAAAGUUGGUCUUAGUAACUUGACGGGAGCAGUAUGAAAGUUCGCUUUCAUUCCGCUGAACUGUCUGCUUUUAGACUCUAUUGCGAUCUUUAAAAUACUGGUCUACAUCAUACAACUUUAAAAUUUUAUAAUGUACAUAUAUACAUUUUCCUGUUUCCUGGCCAGAAUAAAAUAUCUGUUCGGCAACAUGCAGGAGCGAGGAUAUAGCGCAACCAAGCUUUAUAUCUAGAAUUC